AUGGCGGACUAUGGAGUAGGAAUCUCUCUCUCUCAAGCUCACACUUCCGAUGGUGACUCAUCCGAGCACAGCCCUCGAAGUGCACCAACUCUCUCCGCCUGUGGCGGCGGAGACGGCGGUUCCAAGUCUAAAACUCCUUGCAACAAGAUCAUUACCCUCGAUCAAUGCCACCAAACUCCUUCGUCAUCGGAGAACACUGUUAGGAAGCCGAGAGGGAGACCUCCAGGGUCCAAAAACAAGCCCAAGCCACCCAUCGUUAUAACCAGAGACAGUAACUCAACGAUGAAGCCAGUGAUUCUCGAGAUCUCUCCCGGUUCUGAUAUCAUCGACGCCAUCAUCGGCUUUGCUCGUACGAACAGUGUUGGUGUUAGUAUCAUCAGUGUUACCGGUUCUGUAUCAAACGUCACUCUCCGCCAUCCCGUUCCUCACGCGGCGGCUCUCUCUCUUCAUGGACCCUUUGGUCUACUCUCUUUGUCUGGCUCGUUCAUUGCCAGAACAAGCCAAUCGUUUUCAUCGUCAACAACAAAGCCGCCAUCGCCGUUCGGUGUGACUCUUGCGGGGGCUCAGGGGCAGGUGUUUGGGGGGGUAGUCGGAGGGAAAGUGACGGCGGCGACACAGGUGAUUGUGGUUGCGGCUACGUUUACAGAGCCCGAGCAUCAUUUGUUGCCGUGUGAAGGAGAUGAUAAGGAUCAUCAUCAUCAUCAGGAAACCAAGUCCGGUGCUGCAACCGAGUCUGUUUAUGGAGUAGCGAGUCCCACUCCACUUAAUUGUCAAAUGCCUCCUGAUGUAAUGCCUUGGGGUCCUUCCUGUCGUCCUUACUAG